GGGGCUGCGGGCGGGUCCGCGCCCGCGGCCGGCAGCGCUCUCUGCCUCAGCCGGGCUGCGCCGGGUGCUGGCGGUGCGCUCUCCCGCCGCGGGGCUGCACAAUGGCAGUCGUUCAGUAGGAUGGAUCCUGCCGUGGCUUUUGUUCUGCAGAUCCACCCAUCCUCCUAGCAGUCAAGUACCAGGCUAUGGUUUUCUCUCUGGGGAUCUUUCUUCCGCGUUUUGCCGGUGUCUCCGAUGAGGUUUUGGCCUCGGCUGGGAUUUCACUACCUUACUUUUCGUUUGGCUUCACGCUGAAAAAAGGGAUUUCUUGUGUUUGCUCUCCACGCUUUUGGUUAUAAUCCGGUGUUGGUCUAGGGAGAACAACCGUUCAGCCUGGCUGAAAAAAAAGCAUCCGUUGAAAAGUCUCAAAGAAAUAUACCACGUGAGGAAAAAAAACUGGGAGAAGAUCGGAAUAUAAUCGCUUUUUCUAUGAUAAAACUGGUGCCCCUCUUCAGGAGAACUGAUUUCAAUAUAUUAUUAUGCAACCACAAGGAUCUCUUCUUUCUCAGGGUGUAUAAGCUGCUGGAUUGCUUUUCGCCCAAAUCAAUGUGGUUUCUUUGGAACAUUUUCAGCAAAGGAUCGCAUAUGCUGCAGUGUCUUUGUGGCAAGAGUCUUAAGAAAAACAAGAACCCAACUGAUCCCCAGCUCAAGGGUAUAGUGACCAGGUUAUAUUGCAGGCAAGGCUACUACUUGCAAAUGCACCCCGAUGGAAGUCUCGAUGGAACCAAGGAUGACAGCAGUAAUUCUACUUUAUUCAACCUUAUACCAGUGGGGCUUCGAGUUGUCGCUAUCCAGGGUGUAAAGACUGGGUUGUAUAUAGCCCUAAAUGGAGAAGGUUUCCUCUACACAUCAGAACUUUUUACACCAGAGUGCAAAUUCAAGGAGUCUGUUUUUGAAAAUUAUUAUGUAAUCUACUCAUCCAUGCUCUACAGACAACAGGAGUCCGGGAGAGCCUGGUUCUUGGGGCUGAACAAAGAGGGGCAGGUCAUGAAAGGAAACAGAGUGAAGAAAACAAAACCAGCAGCUCAUUUUCUACCCAAGCCAUUGGAAGUUGCCAUGUAUCGGGAACCAUCUUUGCAUGAUAUUGGAGAAACAGUGCCAAAGGCUGGGGUAACUCCAAGUAAAAGCACAAGUGCAUCUGCAAUAAUGAAUGGCGGCAAACCAGUCAACAAGAGCAAGACAACAUAGCCAGAUCCUCACAGGUGUUGUGACUUUACUGAGUCCCAAGUACAGUUGAGCAAUUUAUCCUUGCCAGACUUCCCCUCGGCAGUGUCUGUGGAUCAGCUUGUGGCAAGUCACCAGCUUGCCCGUUGCUGUUUCUGAACUGAGUUGUUGCAAGUGGAUAAAUCUCAACAUGUAGCUCCACCACAACGAGAAGACACCUGGAUGAACCAGCUAAACUCAGACCAUGGAAUGCCCUACCAGAUAUUGGAAUGCCUUUUUAAUAUCUUUUCUGUGACUGUGACACUUCAUGUGAAUGACAUACUUCACAAGUACACUUGAUACCUUGCCUGCUGACAAUUGCCCAUAAUCCCUUUUUGAGUCCAGUUUCAGCAAAAUCCAUGUGUUUAAGUUCUAUUUUGUAGCACACAAAUAAUCAAGUAAUUUCUAGUUAGAUGCUGUAAACCUGUGCUAAUAUGGAUUUCUCUUCUUCCCUUUUUUAUAAGGCUGCUCGCUCCACUGUUUGUGACCUUUUGCAGGGAUUGUGUUUCUCUAUAACUUAAGUGUUGCCGGUGGCUUAGUUUUGAAAGCAAUCAGGGAAUCAGGAAGCCUUCAAAAAUCUAUUAUUACAAAUUAUAUCUAUAAAGAAUAGGAUCGUUGUCUCUGACUUAGAAUAUUGAUUAAAUGUGAAUACUCUAGUAACAGAUCCUGUGCUUCUGAGGUUGGCAUUAAAGAGGAGGGCAGAGUGUCAAACACAAGCAAAGGGGAGUUUUCUGAAACGUGUGUUUGGCAUCCCCCUACAGUUUCUUUUUGUGUGUGUGUUUUAUACAUAUCACAGGCUUACUGGUAAUGGUAACAUUUGCCUUGCCCAGCGAGCAAGACCCACUCGUUUUUGGAAAAGUGGGUCCAAAGAAUUUUGUAGGCCUUGUAGGUCUGAAUUAAGGCUCAUUUUUCAUCUACUAAAUCUUCAUUGUUUGAAAAACAACCACCACCAAUAAAAGAAAAAAAAAAAAGCAAGACUAAUCAGAAUUGCGCUACCUAAAUCCAUUUCAAAUAUAAUCCUUUCCUGUUUUUAAGGAACUGAACUUAAUGCCAUUGUUAUUUUUGGCUGAA